GGAGGCAAUGAGGUGCACAGAUCUGAAGGUCAGAGGAGCACUCUGCACUGUGGGAGGCCUGACAUGCUUCCAUGUAAUCUUGAAUUUUGGUUCCUUUUUACCUCUUUAACAGCAGAGCUAAGAAGGGGAUGGGGCUGGGUUCUGGCAGAGAAGUGACGAGGGAAGGGGAGUGUCCCGCUGAUGUCAAAGACGACUCCUGGCUCACCUCUACCUCAGUUUCCCCCACAGAUGGCUUUUCCCAGCCGCAGGUCCGUAAACCUCAAGACUCUGGCCUGCCUGCUGGCGGGCAUGAGCUUCUUGGCACUGCAGCAGUGGCUCCUCCAAGCCCCGGGGUCCCAGCAGCAGCAGGAGGAGAGGCGGGACGGCCCCACCGAUGCGGCCGCCACGCAGCCCGCGGUGCCCUACCCGGGACCGGGACCGCAGUGCGCGGCCAACUCUUCGGCGAGCACCACGGCCGACUUCGAGCAGCUGCCCGCGCGGAUGCAAGACUUCCUGCGCUACCGCCACUGCCUCCGCUUCCCGCUGCUCUGGGACGCGCCGGCCAAGUGCGCGGGCGGCCGCGGCGUCUUCCUGCUCCUGGCCGUGAAGUCGUCGCCCGCGCACUACGAGCGGCGCGAGCUCAUCCGGCGCACGUGGGGGCAGGAGCGCAGCUACGGCGGGCGGCCUGUGCGCCGCCUCUUCCUGCUGGGCACCGCGGCCCCGGAGGACGCGGCGCGCGCCGAGCGGCUGGCGGCGCUGGUGGCGCUGGAGGCGCGCGAGCACGGCGACGUGCUGCAGUGGGCCUUCGCCGACACCUUCCUCAACCUGACACUCAAGCACGUGCUCCUGCUCGACUGGCUGGCGGCGCGCUGCCCGCACGCGCGCUUCCUGCUCAGCGGCGACGACGACGUCUUCGUGCACACCGCCAACGUGGUCAGCUUCCUGCAGGCGCAGCCGCCCGACCGCCACCUCUUCACCGGGCAGCUCAUGCACGGCUCCGUGCCCAUCCGGGACAGCCGGAGCAAGUACUUUGUGCCGCCGCAGCUCUUCCCGGGGCCGGCCUACCCUGUGUACUGCAGCGGCGGCGGCUUCCUCCUGUCCAGAGCCACGGCCAGCGCCCUGCGCACGGCCGCCCAGCACACGCCGCUCUUCCCCAUCGACGACGCCUACAUGGGCAUGUGCCUGGAGCGCGCCGGCCUGGCGCCCAGCGGCCACGAAGGCAUCCGGCCCUUCGGCGUGCAGCUGCCCGGCGCCCAGCAGCCCUCCUUCGACCCCUGCAUGUACCGCGACCUGCUGCUGGUGCACCGCUUCGUGCCCUACGAGAUGCUGCUCAUGUGGAAGGCGCUGCACAACCCCGCGCUGAGCUGUGGCCAGAGACGCAGGGUCUCCUGAGGCCGGGUGCGCAGCUGGGUGGUUGAGCGGCCUCAGCCCCCAGGCCGCACCACGGGAGGGUGUCCGUGCUGAGAACGCCUCUCUCCUGCCCUGGCUACCUUCUGUCCUGCCACCGGCUAUGUGCAUCUGAACCCUGGCUGCGCAUUGAAAUCAGCCGGCGAGGUGGGGGUAGGGAGGUGGGAAAUACCUACGUACUGGCCCAUCGCCAGAGUUUUGGUUUUAUUGGUCUGGGUGGCCCCAGACAUGUAGGUAUUUUUUAAGUUCCUCAGGUGAUUCUAAUGUGCAGCGAGGCUUGCGGGCCACCGAGCUAGGAACGCCUGUUCGUCCUUGCAAACCAGCUCCAGUGCCCCUCUACCAGCCUUCCGGUACACCUACCUCCCGCACUGCGGUCGUUGUGCAGUGGGGCAAGUGCGGUACAAAUACGAGUUGCCGUUUCCGUGGUCUCCUCUGCAGACGCUGGAGCGGGAGCUGGGCUGACAGUCGUCAGAUGGAUCCCGUCCCAGAGACCAGCCGUCACUUGUGGCGGAGGGGCAUCUGGCAGCCUUCCUCCCCCCACUGCCUCAGGACCCCUGCGAGGUCAAAAUCCACGCUGCAAAGUGGAAAUCUGCGCCCCAGUCGGGACAGUGACUAAUCCAGAGCCACGUGGACAUUCGUGGACAACACACUAUCUGCAGUCCCAUCCACACUCACCCUGACCAAAGCUAUUGGCUGUUCGGGUCCUACCCAUGCACACCUGCCGGCCAGCACCCACUCGCAGGCCGCAAAGACAGGCUCCUUGCCAGGGUCAGGGCCUGGGGCAGUGGCCUGGGAGGACCACGGUGGGGGCUGGGGAAGCCUGUGGAGGCCAGCGUGCAGAACCGUGUCUAACGGUGGGGGCAUGUGAGACUGUGGUGGACAACAGUCAGGGAGUGUCAGGGGUGGCUGGAGGGUCUGCAGUGGACAGUGACAGGGGCUCUGAGGACCAGACAGUGGUCCUGACCUCCAGCAGCUGCCAGUCAUCUUGGUAAAGUAGGCAAUCAAGCAGCUUAAGGGCAGCCAGAAAUGUGUGUGACCAAGGUCCCGACUAUGCAAGACAGAUGAGAAGAUCUCAACUUUCAAGGAGGAAGGAGGCUGGGCAAACGCCUUUCCCCACCUUCUGGACGAAGCCCAGACUCCUCAGGCAGCACUUGAGCUUCCUGCAGCCUGGCUUUUACUCACCUCUCCAUCCUUAUCCUCGCCGUUCCUCCCCACUGUCGGAUCCCAUCCAGGCCGACCACUUGCGGCACCCCUGCUUUGUCGGGCUCUCUCCUGCCUCCCCAUCUUUGCACAAGCUCUGACCUGGUUACCUAAAUGUCCCCCAACCACCACCACCAUCCCUGUCUCUCAUAUCAUUAGGAAGCCUGUGAUGGAGGCCACUAGCUGGCCACCAAAUCUGCCACUCCCACCUCCUGAGCACGCACCUAGGCUACAUUGCCUGCCUCCCUGCCCCGCCCGCAGUUAGCUGUGGCCAUGUGAGGGGGCUCCCUCCAGCAGCCGUGAGUGGACAUGAGGAGCACCACCCCUGGCCCCAGGCCCACCUGUGCUCACUUCCCCCUUCCCCUGGGCUGGAACAUGGAUGCACUAUUGACCCAGCUCUGACUUUGCAGGUGAGGACAACUCUCCAGGCCUAAGCCAGGGCUCCCCAACUAUGAGCAUUUUGAGCGGGGCAGUGGUUUGUUGUGGGGGACUAUCCUGUGCAUUGUGAAACAUUUAGUAGCAUCCCUGUCCUCUACCCACUAGAUACAGGUAUCACACCUGAGUAAUGACAACCAAAAGCAUGUCCAGGCAUUGCCAAAUUCACCCUGGUCAGAGCCACUGGCCUAGAGGAGAGCAGGAAACCGUGAAGGUUUCUGUGUUACUGCGCAGGGCAGAGCUGGCGGGGCUGACUUGGAAUGCUCAGCUCAGACUACUGAGGAAGACAAUAAACUUUUAUGUAUUUUGA